AAUUGAACAUUGGCGUGUGUUGACUAUGAGCAGCUGAAUUGUUUGUUUUAUUAUGAAUUGUUUUUAUACUACUAGAUUUUGAAAGUGAUGAAAUGUAUUAGUGUUAAGGAAGUUGUCCGUGUGUAUCGAAGUUCCUCUUUUACUAGGGAUUUCGUAAAUGAUUUUCUUUGGGAUUGUGUUUUUCCGAACUAGGAAUUACGAAUAGUUUGUUAUCAAAGCUUUGUACUGUGCAUUUGUCUGAUCAUUUCACGUUAGACUCCGUGAAAGGAAUAUUAAUUAGUGUUCGAAUGGCAUAUGGGUGAUGAAAUUAGUUUCCUUUCGUUAGCUAUGACACUCGAAGGACACAUGCUGUUUGGAUGCCGCAUACUCGCUUCUCCAUGCAUGUUACCACGUGAUGCUCCAAGCUGCGUGUAGCACUAAGGUGACGGGUGAGGUCACUGCCGUGGACCAGGCCCAUGUAUGAUUCGCAAAAACAGUUUCGGAAAUAUUCCUUGAAGCACUAAAAGCCUUCAAGCGGUAACUAAUACAAACGUUUUAAAAGGAUUUGAGUAUUCAUCGAGAAUAUAUAAAAGGCACUUGUGCCGCGCGCUGAAACUAAACUGUGAAAGUUAUCCAACAAGUUCGCUCAUCGUACAUCAACGAGAUGUAUACUCUACUGCACGGCCUAUGGAAGUAUAUAACUCAGAAAGAGGAAUACUCUGUUCUUAUACUUGGAUUAGACAACGCAGGAAAAACCACGUAUUUAGAACAAACGAAGACGAAGUUCACGAAGGGCUACACCGGCCUUCGUCCUAACAAGCUAACCACUACGGUGGGACUUAACAUUGGCAAAAUCGACACGCAAGGGGUGCGAAUUAACUUUUGGGAUCUUGGUGGCCAAGAAUCGCUACAGGCAUUGUGGGACAAAUACUAUUCAGAGUCGCACAGCAUCAUAUACGUCGUAGACUCCUCGUGUCGCGAGCGACUUCAGGAGUCACGGCGAUCAUUUGAGAAGAUGAUUGAUAAUGAUGCCUUAUUCGGUGUACCUCUCUUAAUUAUAGCCAAUAAACAGGAUAUUGCCGAAGCCGCCACCGUAACAGAGAUUCGUCAGUUGUUCCGCGAAUGCAAUAUAAGUAAUAGGGAGAUGCAUAUUGUCGGAGCCUCGGCGUUGCACGGAGAAGGCAUCCAAGACGGUAUUACGUGGCUGGUUGACGGAAUGAAACGAAAUCUUCGGAGGCCUCCAAGAAACGUCGAUACAUAAAUGUGAAGGACAAACCUCUGUUGCGUUCUCGAGGACAACUUCUUCGUCCAGCACCUGCUGCUGUUGCUGGUGAUGUGGGUGAGUGAUGA